CGUGAAAGAUUUUUUGAUUUUUGAAACAUAUUUAAUUCUUCAAUAAUGCAGUGGUAUCAAGGAGAUAUAGGAUCAGCCGUGGGUUUAGCCAAAGCUAAUAAUGCAAUAUUUGUCGUCUACUGUGAAGGAAAGGAUGAAAAUUCACAAACUUUAACUAAAUACAUCAAUUCAGAAGCUAUAUCUUCAAGACUUCAGUCAAAAUCAUUUGUUGCUAUUCGGAUUGAAAGUGAUAAGCCUGAAUAUAUCCAGUUCUGUAAAAUCUAUCAGUUAGUGCCUGUUCCUUCAUUAUUUUUCAUCAAAAAUGGCAUUCCUAUUAAAGUUGUUACAAGUGUUGUAAAGUCAUCUGAUGAAAUUAUCGAAGCUAUUGACAUAAUUAUUAAAUCUCUCAAUGAAGACACAACGGUUGAUAGUGCUGUGAGUCAGGAAUUACCAACAACAAGUCAGGAAGCUAAGCCUGUAAUAGAAUCAUCACCAGAAACAAAGCCUAAAGUAGAGUCGUCACCAGAAAUUGUCUGUAAAGAUGGUGUUUGCUAUAAAAAGGAACCAGAAAAGUUACCCGAGACAUCAAGUGUCGAAAAGCCUGAAGAAACGGAAGCGGAAAAGCAGGAGAAAAUAAAGAGAGCUAUGAAGCUAAUAGAAGAGAAACGAAUUGAAAAAAUUAAGGAGGAACAAAGACUCGAAAGAGAGAGAGAAAUAAAACGUCGACAGGAAGGCAAGGAAGUACAGAAUUUAAAGAAAUGGCAAGAUGAUCAAGAACUACAGCAAUUAAAAGAUGAGAGAAAGAGAGAAAAAAUGCAAGCUUUAGAGGCAAGACGAAGAGUUUUAGAGCAGAUUGAAGACGAUAAAAAGGAACGAGCACGUAGAUUUAAUACAUCAGCAACAGCCCCAGAAGUUAAAGAGCCUGAAAAACCAGUUCAAGCACCAACAACGCCCACAACAACUUCAGAUUCCGCAAAAAUUCAAUUUAAGAAGCCAGAUGGAGAAGCUGAAAUUGUCACAUUUGAUGUCACAAUGCUCUUUGGAGAUUUAUAUUCAUUUGUCAGGUCUGACAUUUUACAAGGAACUAACAUAAAAGAUUUUACUCUAGCUACUGUAUUUCCACGUCGUGAAUUUACUUCAGAAGAUUUUGGCAAGACAUUAUUACAAUUAAAUUUAGCUCCUUCGUCAGUUGUUUUAAUCAUUCCCGGCAAAAAGACCUCAAAUAAUUUCACUCAAAAUAGAAGUAGCGUCUUGCCGACAAACACAGACGGCAGUUUCUUUGACAUGAUAAGUGCUUUAAUUAUGGGUCUUUUUUCACCAAUAUUUGCUUUGUUUGCGUACGUUAAGGGCUUUGUAUUUAAAAGUAGAGAUGCUAAUGCUGAGAAUGAUGCUGGCAAGCGUAAACGAGAUGAGGAGAGUUUGGUCGCUAAUGAUGCAGCGAAGAAGAGAAACAUGAAUGCAUACAAUCAGCCUGAGCCAUCAACAUCGAGUUUCGAAACUGGGGCAAUACCAAAAUCAGCAACAUACAAAAGAGUUAAUCCAUCUAGCAAUAUUCAUAGACUACAUCAAGACAGCGAUUCAGAUGAAGAAAGAAAUACAUAUAACGGAAAUUCAACACAGCAAAUGUAAAGCUUAUAGCUUGUUAGAUAGUCACAGUCAGUUACUUUUUGUGCAUUUAUGAUUAUAAUAUAUAUUUUAAAAAAUUGUAUUUGGUUUAGGAAUUAAUAAAUAAAAAUUAAUUCAUGUAAAAUUAUAAACAA